AAAAACUGAACGUACCUUGAUCUGAGACGGGAAGUAAACUGAUCAGCCAGAAGAGAACCAGAAAAUAUCUCAUGAUGUGUUCCAGUCUGAUGAAGAGCAUAUUUCUGACUUUCUUUUUAGUAUUUAAUGAAGAUUUGUUAAGAAGUCGAAAUGGCCGAGAUGUCGUCGAGUCAAAACCAAGAGCGGGCCUGGUUCCAGUCGUGACAUCCCAUCCGUGGACUCGGUGGUCGAGCUGGAGCAGAGAUCUGGAGUACCCGAGAUCCAGGCCGAACCGCAGGCCCCGUCAUCGAGCACGAUGCCUCGCCAAAUCUCACAGCUGGAUCCCCAAGCUCUUGGAGCGCUUAUCGCAAAAGAGGCACGACGUCGGCCUGAGACAUUUGCUAUACAGCUUCGUUGCCCUCUACCUUACCUUCGGCCAUCGCGCAGGCGUCAUGACCAAUCUUACCACCGAGGAGGUCCGAGAGGCGGCGAGGGGGUCCAGCUGUGCCUCUCCAGGGGUUGUGCUUAACGUAAAGAACCACAAGACGGCCCGGGCAUUCGGCUGUGCCCAGGUCUUUCUCACGCACGAGGAAUUCGGGUGGAUCCAGCACUGGAUGGAGAUCCACGCUCGGCUUCGCCCCCGUUGUAACCUGGUGUUCAACACCAAUGACCAGCCCAUCAGCAACAUCACGACAUUCGCAAGGAACGCGUGGGCAGCAAUGCUGCUGCCAGGCAGACCCUCCAUUACCGACGUUAGAACCGCAGUGGCAACGAUGUCCAGAAACACCCAAUCCAGUGAGGUCCGGAUGCAGAUGUCCCGGGUCAUGUGUCACGACACUCACACGGCCGACUGAUUUUAUGCCCUGCAGCUGGAUCUCAACCAGAUGGCGGAGAUGAGGCAAAGGUUUGACCAGUCCAGGGGAA